AUGACAGAGGGCAGCAUUGCUGAAGCUAGAUUCAACGAGAAACGCCGUGGGAGUGUGCUCUGCACGGGAAUGCGUUAUUCUUCAUAGAGUUUAGCAUUCAAGAAGCGGUACCAAGCAGACCGGCAAAUAUACAGACUGGGAAUGUGCUAAAACGUUGUAAGUACGGCAAAAAAUAAAUAAAACGGUAUGUAAAAAAUUAGGACGAGUCCAUUCAACACAGCCACGAAGACACAAGAAACCUGCACAGGCAGUCUGGUGAGUGAUGGAGUCGGGGACCGUGGUGCGCGCUCUGUUCCAGUUCCGCCCCAGCGUCUCCGAGGAGCUGCCACUCUUUCCCGGUGAUGUCAUCGAGGUGCUCAGAGUGGUGGAUGAUUUCUGGCUGCUUGGAAGCAAAGGUGGAGUCACAGGGCAGUUUCCCAGCACGUUCGUGGAGGCCGUUACCAUUCCCAGCACAAAACAGGGCGAGAAACUCUACGUCUGCAUCAAUGACUUCAAUACACUAGAUGUUGGCAAUCUUCCCAUUAAAACAGGUGAUGUGGUAGUUGUUGAGGGUUCUGUGGACAGUAAUUGGCUGAAAGGCAGAAGCAGCUGGGGGUCCAAGGGGAUAUUCCCUUUAUCCUGCGUCAGAGAGCUCCAUCUCUCCUUCAGGUCCCGCAAAAAGUCCAAGAGGUCCGUAUCGGAGCUCCCGAGUUACGCCUUGGGCCAAGCCAGAGCCUUGCUGGGCCUGUCCGCUCAGUUAGAGGAAGAACUGGACUUCAUUGAAGGGGAUAUCAUAACAAUAAUCGGAAUUCCUGAACCAGGCUGGUUUGAGGGAGAACUUGAAGGGAGGAGAGGGAUAUUUCCAGAGGGAUUCGUGGAGCUUUUGGGUCCUUUGCAAAUCGCGGAGAAGCGAGCAUGCCAAGAUGACUAUGACAACUACGGCGAAAGUGAUGUGACCACUGAAAUAUUACUGGGCCCAGAGGAAGGUGCAGGAGUUUACGGAGUGGCUCUCUAUCAGUUUAAGUCCAUGGAACCAGAGGAAUUGGAUUUUGAUGUAGGAGAAAGAAUACAGAUAGUCCGCACUUUGGAAGACGGCUGGCUGGAAGGCAAGGUCAAUGGCCGUAGAGGAGUAUUUCCUCAUAGGUUCGUAAAGAUUGAAGAACAAGACAUAGAGCAGGGACAUGGAGAACCCAGCAGCAGAAACAAAGGGGAUUAUGAAAUGUAUUAUAGUGAUGUGUAUCACUGGCAUGGGCAGGAAGAGCAUGUCCAUUUACAAGAUGUGGAUUUCUUCAAUGGACAGCCUGCCCAUGAUAGUACUGUCAUGGCAAAACCAAAACCUGUAUCCUCUAGCUCAAAGCCGGGUCAGGAAUUUUGUAGAAACCUGUCACAAAGCAGUUAUAAGAUCAGUGGUAUAGAUAAGGGUGCUUUGGGCCCAAAAUACAGUGGAGAAGAAACUGCCACGCACAGUUACAGAGGAAACUCAAGAACAAGUCCUAGCAGUCUUGUCUCUUCAAAACCUGUACUUCCUCCCAGGCCAAGUCUCCAUUCUUUAAGUAAUAGAUUGUACUGCAAUGUAUCAGAUGUCUCAACAGGCCACACAGCUGACAAUACCGACACAGAGGUUCCACCAAAACCAGCUACCAGAACACUAAGCUUAGCAACAAACAAUGGAAGCAGAGAUUCAAAGGCUCACAUUCAAAGUUUGCAUUGCAGUUGGUCUAAAUACUGCGACCGCCCCUCAAAUGGAAACAAUACAGUUUUCCAAGAUUUGGCCAGUUUGGCUGAGGACCCAAAACAGAAAAAGAAACCUCGUUUCGUCAGUGUGGGUGAUUGUGAUCUGAUAGCUGGCAGAGGAAGCCGUGAUCCGACAGCAGGUUCAAGAAAAACAGAAUCCAGCGGCUUACCUGGAUCGAUAACCUUGGAUAGCUUUGCAAGUUCAGGGGCAGACUUGGAUUCAAAACUCUCAGAACAGCUUGCCCAGUUUGAAAAAAGUGUACCAGGUGCUAUAUUUGGGGAACACAAGAAAAUAUCCAGGCAUUUCUCCAUCCUGGACUACAGCAGUGAAAAUGAUAUCAUGCGGGGUUCCCCUAACUCCCUGGAUGAGCAGGCAGCCACUUCUUCAUUGGAGAGAAGAAAAGCAUUGAGACCUCCACCUCCCAGACCUCGCAUUCUCAAAUCCGCAGUGGCACAAGCAGCUUCAGCCGACUCCAACGAUGAGCCGCGUGCUGCUGGUGAAAGUGGACCUUCUCGAUCUUCCUUCUCCUUCAAACCAUCCAGGCCAGCACCUCUGCCUCCGCAGCUAACGUCCAGGAGGGAUGCCGCAUCUCCAAAGCCACUACAGCAAAUGGACGUUUACCAGAACACCCAUUCUGACGACGGAGACGCUUUUACGGAGAAUGGGGAGCUUCAGAAUCACUGCAAGCGUGGCCUCGUGGAGACUGAGCAGGAUCACUAUUCACUGCUCCUCAGGCUGCAGGAGGUGGAGAGAGACAUUGAGAUCUACACCAAGACCACGGAUGAGCUCAGACUGAUGCUUCAUGAGCAGGAUGAUGAAGCCAUUAAAGCACAAACUCUGGAGAACCUGGGGUUUUGUACCUAUAACAUUGAAACACUUACCAAGGAGCUGCAGCAUCUUAGAGAGAUGACUCUGCUCACAGCAGACCCCGCCUCCCUGGAGUCAACACCUGUUACAGCCCCCAGCGCCAGUCCUGAGCAGAGGAUGAUGGAAAAGAGGUCCAAGGUGAUUGAAGAACUCUUGCAGACAGAGAAGGAUUACAUCAAAGACAUGCAAAUGUGUGUCCAAGAAAUAAUCCAUCCACUGCAAAGAAAGCAGGUGCAGAACAUUGACUUUGAUGGUCUCUUUGGCAAUGUUCAGAUGGUGAUUGAUCUCUCAACACGCUUGCUUAAAGAUCUGCAGGACACAGAGUCAAUAGGAAGAGUAUUUGUGGAAUAUAAAACAGAGCUGGAAGAGGUGUAUAAAAUCUACUGUCAGAACCAUGAUGAUGCUAUUGCUCUGCUGGAGGCAUACGAGAAAGAUGAGAGCAUCCAGAAUCACAUUCUAGAAUGUCUGGAGAAGCUCAGGGCAGUGUAUCGUGAGUGGGGUAAGACGAACUACAUCAACCUGGGUUCGUUCGUGAUCAAGCCAGUGCAGAGAGUGAUGCGCUACCCGCUGCUGCUGACGGAGCUCCUGAGCGCCACGGCAGAGUCGCACCCGGACAAAAGGCUGCUCGCCGAGGCCGUGGCCUGCGUCAAGGAGAUCAACGUCAACAUCAACGAGUACAAGCGCAGGAAAGACCUGGUUGUGAAGUACAGAAAAGGGGAGGAGGUGACUCUGAUUGAUAAGAUCUCCAAGCUCAGCAUGCACUCCAUCAUGAAGAAGACCAACCGAGUCAGCAGCCACCUCAAGCACCUGACAGGCUUUUCACCACAGAUCAAAGAUGAGGUAUUUGAUGAGGUGGACAAGAGAUUCCGGAUGCAGGAGAGAUUGAUCAAGUCCUUUAUCAGAGAUCUCUCUCUGUAUCUGCAGCACAUCAGGGAGUCUGCGUGCGUGAAUGUUUUGUCCGCUAUAAGUUUCUCUGACAUUUACUCGGAGAGGACCCAGACAGAUCUGGAAAGUUUCCAAAAGGCACACAGGUGUAUCAGUGACCAACGUUUCACCACUUUUAAAGAAAGGACUGAGAGCCUGGUCAUCUCACCCCUCAAUCAGCUGCUGACCAUGUUCGCCGGCCCUCACAAGCUGAUCCAAAAGCGCUUUGAUAAGCUUCUGGAUUACAACAACUGCAAGGAGAAGGCGGACAAGAUGAAGGACAAGAAGACUGUGGAGGAGCUCCAGUCUGCACGGAACAACUAUGAAGCCUUGACUGCUCAGCUCCUGGAUGAGCUGCCCAAAUUCCACUGCGGUGCCCAGGAGCUCUUUACCAGCUGUGUGCGCAGCUUCGCAGGGACACACAAGGAGUUUGUCCGGGUAACCCUGGGGGAACUCAGGCCGCUCCUGCAGCUCUCCAGGGUGAUUAGCACAGACGGGAACAUCAUUUCUCUUUUCCAAGAGCAGCACAGCCGGGUCCUCCAGCAGUUACAGUGCUUCAGCUUUUUCCCUGAGAGCCUUCCCACAGCGAGGAAAGCCUGUGAGAGGAAGAGCUUGGAGCCGCAGUCCUCCAGGAAACAGCUUGCAGGGCCGCCUAACUAUGUGCUGCAGACAGAGGAGCACCGUGCAGCCCUGCUGACCCGGUACCCCCCGGAGCAGCUCUGCCAGGCUGAGCGGAACUUCAACGCAGCUCAGGACCUCGAUGUGUCUGUGUUAGAGGGGGACAUCGUUGGGGUUAUUAAGCAGCAGGAUCCCAUGGGCAGUCAGAAUCGCUGGCUCAUAGACAAUGGAGUGACGAAGGGAUUUGUCUACAGCUCAUUCCUUAAACCUUACAAUCCCAGAAGAAGCCAGUCCGAUGUUUCGAUAGGAAGCCACUCCUCCAAUGAAUCUGGAUACGGGGGUUCCUCUCCAGUCUUCUCACGGCAGAAUAGCAACAGCACAUUAACUUUCAGCUCCGACGCUACGUCUGUAACGCUCUCCACCCUGCAGUCCCAGAAACCCUGCCAGGACUCCGGCACUUCAUCCCGGUCAAAUCCACCCGAGGGCUGUUCUUCCAAGCACUGCAAUUAUAGAGAGACCACACUGCCGCUGUGGACCCAGACUAAUUACAAGGACCUAUCAGACUCUGCUUCCGAAACAGACUCCUGCUCCUCGCUGAAGAGUACCCGGACUGGCUUUGCACCGAGGAGCAGUCAGGUGGAGAUGUUCAGUCAAUCGGACGUGGCCUUCGGCUCUGUGAUGAGGAGGAACGGAGACUCUGGGCUGAGAACAGUGUCUUUUCCUUCAGACACGACUCCGGAAAAGGGGAGUGAUCCAAAGGAAAAUCAGAUUUACUACGCCAUCUACUCCUUCGAUGCACGCUGUGCGAAUGAGCUGACUAUAUGUGCCCACCAGCGGGUGAAGAUCAUUCAAUUUCAUGACAUGAACGGGAAUAAGGAGUGGUGGCUGGGAGAGGUGGAGGGGAGGAGAGGGUAUGUACCUUCCAACUACAUCAGGAAGACAGAGUACACUUGAAGCAACUCUGGAAGCAAGGAGGAGGCAAAAUAUAGAACUAGUGCCUUUUUUAUUAAGAGGAUCCCUUUUUUUCAGAAGUUGGAAGUGCUUUUUUUGGAAUUUUAAUGCUGCUGAAAUUGUAUUGUACAAAAUACAUGCAUGUGUAGUUUCUUGUUGAUUGUUUAAGCUACCCAUCUUCCUUAUUCAUGUAGGGAUAUUUUAAAACACUGCUGCUUCAGGGUAGAAACAGGACUAAAAUGAGAUGGUGUAGAAAAGGAAUCGAUCACAGUUGCAGUUUAACAGUGUUUUUUUGAAUGUAGAGAACAAAAAUGUGAGCAGUUGAGAUCAUUUAGAACUUUUUUAUAACAUUUUUUUUAAAGUAUAUAUAUUUUUUAAAAUAACCGUCGCACUUUGCCAGCCAUUCAAAACUGUAUAAUUCUCUUGCAAACAUACAGCAUUCAAGCUAUCAGAAACCUGCUUAAGUCCUGUUUUGUUUUUUUGUUUAAAAAAAAAAAAAGCCUUUUAUAUUCUGUUUGCAAAACAAAGACAUGAAUAAUGAAGACAGAUAUGAACUAUGCAUAAUGUAUAAAAGACUGUGAAACGCUGAGUAAACCUAGCUUGAAAUAAGAAAUGGAACAUGCUAACACACUCUGUGUAACGGUAUCAAACCGUUUUAAUGGUGACAGUAUUAUUACUUACAGUAUGCGUUAAAGCAGUUGAUCGAUCAAGCAAUUGGGCUAAUGUCUGUAGGUGUUCAACCCAAGCAAGUCCAGAACAUAUUACAGUUGUUUCAAGCCACUUGGUCCAAAUAGUCCAAUCUUGCCCCUCAAGGUGUGAGGUACUAUUGUAAACUCGUGUUUUGUACAAAGUAGGGAGAGCCAUGUUCCAGAACACUUUCUUCAGUGUGGAAGCCUAGAGUGGACACUUGCCUUAUACAAUAGGGCUGUUGAAUGCCAAAAAGAUCAAUAAUGUCAUGUUGAAUAAAUAGGCCCUGUACAAGUGAGUAGGGUGGCAGCUUUACAGGCAUAAGGCUGCAAGAUGCCUGACUUCAGUUGACAGUACAGAGAAGUUUUCAUGAAGUCACAUGUAUAAUGAACAUAUACACACUGUUGGGUGCUUCUGUGUAAAGAAGGGGGGGUGUCCAAUCACGGUCCUGGGGGGCCAUUCCACUCCAGGUUUAACAGGUAACAUGAUACAACCACUUCAGCAUCUGGAUGGAGGGUUAAUUGGUUCAGUUAAACAAUUUAAAACGGGGUUGGUACAAAGACCAGGACUGGAAGGACCAACUUUGGAUACCCCUGGUGUGAAUUUAAUCUGCUUCAAAUAAAGUAAUUGCACUUUUCUAACUUGCAUCCAAGAUAGUUAAAAACACAGGGAUAUCUCUGCAAAAUCCAGUACUUAUCUAAAGAGGUUUGAUUCUGAUUAGAAUGUUUCUGAGAUUCUACAGUCCUUUAACAUGUAAGGAACUAACCCUCGUUUUAGGGCAGGGAUGUCUAGCUCUGUUCCUGGAGGACCGUGGUGUCUUCUGGCUUUCGUUGCACCCGAGUUUUCAGUUACUCAAUGGGUCUAGUUAUUUGAUUAAAUGGACAACUUUAACAUUUCUCUCCAGGUCUCGGAAUGGUUUAUAGGUUGUGUUCCUUGAAUUAAGUGCAUUUUUAAAUCAUCAACAUUGAAAAAAUAUUAAAUAUGUCCAAUUGAACAAAUAAUAGAUCAGUUAAGUUAAUGAGAUGUGAAGUUGGAAUGGAAACCAGAAGACCAUGUGACCCCCCUCAAGGACUGGAGUUUGACUCCCGUUUUAUGGUAUCCAUUGUGGUGUGUGUUUACAUCUUACAGUUAAUUCAAGCACAUGGUCUGCUUCUGGUUGCCACAUAGCCUUCAUAAUUAUUGUAAAAAGCUCUUGCUGAAUGUACUCUGUGCUCUGUGCUAUCGUAGUUCUUGUCAUGUAUCUUAAAGAGCUGUGGCCCACAUUGCCUGUAAAGCACAGUGCAAGAGAUGAGGUGAUCUGGUUCAGGUAGUUUGGUCUUUUAUACGUUUUUAUUUUUAAAUGGGGAAGAGUAUAUCACAGGACUGCGACACUUGAUGACUACUUGAUCUUUUAUCACGUUAUUCCUUUGGUUUAUUCUUGGGGAAGCCUGUACCUUACUGCAUAAUUACAGCCUUCAUAACAAUCAGUUAAAGUCUUCUAUAAUCCAAAUCUUUUAUCUGCAUGGAGACAAGAUGCAUUCUUUUUCUUUUUUUUUUUUUUUUUUUUUUUUUUGCACACUACUGUAAAAAAAUGUAUUAAAAUAAAUGUUUUUAUAGAAGUACUGUAAAUGUGUAAAUAUGUUUUUGUUUUUAAAUAAAAUGCAACUGAAUGCUUUAUACGAUUUCCUUUUGGCACACUGGCAUGAAACACUUCCCACUUCACUAAUGACUUGUUAUCAGAAAAGCCCAGGUAAUAAUGAG